AUGCCCGUGGGAAGAAGUCGAAGCAGGCAAACUCAGCUUGGUGCUGCGACACUGGUAGGUGCCUCCACAUUGCUGGUGGGCCGGCGAAGGCAGCGAUUACGGCGGCUGAGCCGCAGAGUUUUCGACCGAUUCCGGCAGGAUGCCAUCACGGCGAUCUACAGUGCCCAGGAGGAAGCCUUAAGACGCAGUCACGGAGUGGUUUCCACUGAACUCAUCAUCUUCGGAAUCUUCUCCGAGGAGCAGAAGGGUGCCAACCUCAUAGCCAAGACUGCUUUGGUUCGGAAAGGCGUUACUCGCGAGGCCUUGAAGCGCUUCAUCGCCACCAGCCCAAAACCCGUGUCAGACGCCUCAGGAUCUGGUUCCCUGCCAUUCAGCGAGAAUGCCAGGCUACUGUUCGACACAGCAAAUGAAGGAACGGUUGGCAACACGGAAGUCGGCUGCGAGCAGUUGCUUCUGGCCCUCGGCGAUGACAGGCUGGCCCAAAGUGGUGGGGCCAAGAUGCUUGCAGGCCUUGGGCUUUCGGGAAGUGCCCUUCGAGAAGCCGUCUCGGAAGCAGCGUCAGCACCUCGGGCCGGGGCGCAGAGGGAGCGACAGCUCGCGGCCGUCGGGGCGGAUGAGUCGAGCGGAGAGUCGGACAUGACUUUGGACGAAGUGGCCACAGAUCUGACGCAAAUGGCGUUGGAUGGUUUGCUGGAUCCAGUGGUUGGUCGGCAGGAGGAGAUGGAUCGGAUCAUCCAGAUCCUGUUGCGGAAGCGCAAGAACAACGCUUGCCUGGUGGGUCCUCCUGGCGUCGGGAAGACGGCAGUGGUCGAAGGCCUGGCCAUUCGGAUUGCCGAGGGCAAGGUGCCAAAUCGCCUGAAGGGGAAGCAGGUUUACUCUCUCGACUUGGGCCAGCUUGUCGCUGGUACGAAGUACCGUGGGGAGUUUGAAGACCGUUUGAAAAAGGUCAUCAACGAGGUGACCAGUGACGAGAGGGACGUCUGCCUCUUCAUCGACGAGAUCCAUCAAAUUGUGGGAGCUGGUGCUGCAGGUGCAGACUCCUCCAUGGACGCGGCCAACCUUCUGAAACCCUCGCUUGCGCGUGGUGAGCUGCAAGUGAUUGGGGCAACCACAGCAGAUGAGUACACGAAGCAUAUUGAGAAGGAUGCCGCACUCGAACGCCGGUUCCAGCGUGUGAACUGCGAGGAGCCCAAGGUGGCCGAGAGCAUCGAGGUCUUGGAGGGACUCCGGCCUGCAUACGAGGCUCAUCACGGAGUUCUCCUGACCCCAGAAGCUCUUCAGGCUGCCGUGCGGCUUUCGGACCGCUAUGUCAACGACCGCUUCUUGCCAGACAAGGCAGUCGACCUGAUUGACGAGGCAAGCAGCUUGGCCCAGUGGAGGAUAGAGAUGGAAUUGGAGGAGGCGAACAACCAGGUCGAUCCGGGUGAACUGUCCAAGCCUCUGGUGACGGCACAAGAUGUUGCAACAGUUCUUGCAAAGUGGUCAGGCAUUCCGGUGGAGCGGCUUUCCGAGGGCGAGUCAGACCGGCUUAUGCGCCUCGAGGAGACACUGGAGCAGCGCAUCAUUGGUCAGUCGCCUGCUGUCAGCGCCUUGUCGCGCGCAGUGCGACGAGCACGGAGUGGCCUGGCAGGAUCCAGCCGCCCCACAGCUUCGUUCUUCUUCGCUGGCCCAACAGGCGUUGGCAAGACGGAGCUGUGCCGAGUGUUGGCAGAGGAGUACUACGCAGAUCUCAAGGCCAUGGUGCGCCUCGACAUGAGCGAGUUCUCCGAGCCCCACAGCGUUUCGCGACUCAUCGGGGCUCCGCCCGGCUACGUCGGCUACGACGACCCUCGUAGUGGCCAGCUGACUGAGGCUGUGCGUCGACGGCCAUACAGCGUCGUGGUCUUGGAUGAGAUUGAGAAAGCCCACUCUGAGGUGCUCAACCUUCUCUUGCAAGUGCUGGAAGACGGACGCCUGACGGACGGAAAGGGCAGAACCGUGAGUUUCUCCAACUCCAUCAUCGUGAUGACCUCGAACGUGGGGAGUCAAGAAAUUCUCCAGCAGGCUUCUGGCGUGGGCACGUAUGACCAGCUGCGUGCAGCGGUCCAGCGGCAGUUGCAGCAGAAGUUCAGGCCGGAGUUUCUGAACCGCAUCGACGAGCUGCUCAUCUUCCGAGCGCUGUCAGAGAAGGAGUUCAAGCAGAUUGUGCGACUGGUUCUGGGCAAUGCAAGAAAGCGAGCGACCCUGGCCUUCGAGGAGGCCGCCUUGCAGAGCGGGCGACCAGCAGAAGCACUUGAGCUUUCAUGGACGGCCGAAGUGGAGGAGAUCGUGCUGGCUUCCGGCUCCAAUGCGGUUUACGGCGCACGGCCUUUGCGACGUGCAGUGCAGCGCAUCUUCGAGGAUCCUGUCGCAGAGUUCCUGGUUUCUGGGGCCUUGAGUCAGGGUGGGACUGCCACCGUCGACGUGGACGGCGGUGACGUUGUGAUUCGGUACCGUGGCGAAACUUUGCGGCCCGCAUGUGCGGCCACAGUAACGACGGAGGCAUUGGUCAUUCCACGAACCCAGGAGGUCAAGAAGAACAACAAGGUCCCUUCUGCCGUCGCAGUGUUCCGGGCUCAGCUGCUUUCUGCGUUCCACGCGACACAGCAGGGCGAGGCUAAACUUGCCCCAGCUGCUAUCCAAUUCAGCUAG